AUGAGGAUGGUGUCCUCGUCGCUGGCCUCCCGGGCGGGCACUAUUGCGACGCUGCUCGCGUCGCUCUGGCUUGCCCGUGGAGCGACCGCGUUCAGUUUUGCUCCCAUUGCUUCACCUGAUCUCGACUUGACCGACCUCGGCCGCGUCGCCCUCGCCGGCGACUUCGACUCAAUCUCCCUCUACCAAUUCGAAGGACAGAACGAAAAUGCCGCAUCGCCGAGCGCUGGCUCGCUGCUUACCCGAUUCCCCAAUGGCGUCUUCACGUCACUGCAGGAAACCGAUGGCGAAAUCCGCGCAAUGUGUCCCUUCAUCUCCAAUGGCACCCUGCAGGGCAUAGUCUUCGGAGGGAACUUCACCAGCGUUGGCGGCGUCGCUGCGCAAGGCAUUGCCCUUCUCAACGUCGACAACGCCAACAUCACCGCUCUCCCAGGCCUCAAUGGAUCUGUCAACGCCCUCUUUUGUGACAAAGACGCUAGCAGAGUCUACGUUGGAGGAUCUUUCACCGGCGGAGGUGCUCAGAACGCAAUUGUUUGGAUAACGGAUUGGACAAAUAUGCCCUUCUCAGGAUUCAAUGGACCUGUCACGACCAUCGCGAAGGCAUCCAACGGCAACAUCAUCUUUGGUGGAACGUUUGAUGGAUUGGGAAAUACCACGACACCGAAAGAGAAGGACGUUCAGGUUAUUCCCGUCGGCUCUGCCAACAUCACCGCCGUUGCAACGACAACCACUGCUGGCUUCAGCGAUCCUCGAAAUAUCAUCUGCAAGACUGGGUCACAGGAUGGCCCAGGCAAUACGUGGCUGUUGGAAGACAACGCUCCCGGCUUCUGGCAGGCGAACUUUGGAUUUGGGUUCCAACCGUCCAAGCUGCGUCUCUACAACACCGUGCAGUCUGAUCGAGGUACCAAGGAGUGGCGCUUCACCGCACUUCCUGACGGCGGCAUCAUGAACUUUACCUAUAUCAAUAGUGCCGGCGAGACGGCAUAUUGCGAUUCGAGAUGUCCGCUACCGCAGAACAACAACACCUUCCAGGACUUCCACUUCGUCAAUACCGUUGGAAUGAACAGCUUCCGCAUCGACAUCUCUGCCUGGUACGGUCAAGGAGCAGGGCUCAGUGGCAUUGAGUUGUUCGAGAAUGACAUCUAUUCGUUCGCUGUCAAUGAUUUCAACGAGCCCCUCUGUGACGGCGUCAGCACCACUGGAGCCAGCUCAUCGUCUACCGGCCCUUGGAGUGUUUCCCCAUCAGGACAAAGCAACGCCCAAUACUUGACUGCCAACUUGCAAGGGUCAAAUAUCACGGCCGAUUCUGCUGAGGUCGUCUUUAAGCCUGACAUCAAGCAGUCUGGCAACUACACCGUCACCAUCUUCACUCCUGGAUGCACUAUAGACAACACCUGCGGAACUCGUGGCAAAGUUAAUGUUACCGGCACGAUGGCUGCUUCGGCUAGAACCGGAGUGCAGCCAUUCCAGUCCGUUGAGCUGUUCCAGACCAACAUGUUCGACAAGUACGAUCAAAUCUACUAUGGCUACGUGGAUGCCAACGACGACGCUUUCCGCCCUACUAUCACGCUUACUCCCGUUGCUGGCCAAACAGGGCCAUUGACAGUCGUAGCUCAGAGAGUCCGAUUCGAACUGAACUCGCCAACCACUGGUGGCCUGAACGGCCUAUUCGAAUAUGAUACAAACAAGCAGGUUGUCAGCAGCGACUUUUCUACUUCUGCUAUCGACGUUGCUGGCGCUGGUCUGAGUCCUAGCCAGGCCCCCGUCACAUCUAUUCUCGUAGACGGUGACACUUUGUACGUUGGUGGCAACUUCACAGGCGACGGAUUCAGCAACAUCUUCUCUGUUAGUGGUGGCAAUGCAACCAGCCUUCCCGGGAAAGGUCUGGAUUCAGAAGUUAUGACAAUGUACCAGAACGGUAGCACCCUUUAUGUCGGCGGCAACUUUACCAAUACCGAGGAUGGCAAGAGUACCGGAUUGAAGGGUGUUGCUGCGUACUCGACUACUAACAAAGCAUGGUCGCCUCUUGGUGCAGGUGUCAAUGGAGUGGUCAUGUACAUGGUGCCUGUCCCUCUCAACUUCACUGAAGAGAACACUACAGAGGAGUGUCUAUAUAUCAGCGGCACUUUUGACAGUGUAUUUGGAUCCGGCAAAGACAAGACAUUUUCGACGGACAACUCCGCCAUCUGGGUUCCGUCUCGCCAGAAUUGGCUACACAACCUCAAUCUCACCACCAUCUCCGUCUCCGGCGUGCUUAUGGCCCAAUCCGAAAUUCCUGGCUCAGCGCCAAUUUUCUCUGGGUCUGUCAGCUCCCAAGCCUUUGGUGCAAGCGGUGCAGUUCAGUUGACCUCAGGCAAAACUCUGGGACUUGAACAGUACCCGAUCAGCGUUCAACCACAAACUUCGUCCGUUUCAUUGCGCAAGCGAGCUAUCAACGGCCAGGAAACGAUCUCUGGAGUUGUCACUGGUCUCAUUUACACGGAAAACAACCUGAAUAUCACGCUCUUGGCUGGCCACUUUGCCGCCACAGGAUCCGAUGGCGCUAAUAUCACAAACCUGUUGUUCGUCAAUGGCUCAAACUCCGACAUUGUUACUGGAAUGGGUGACGGUAUCAACUCUGAUUCCGUGUUCCUUUCCGUCGCAGCUUAUGGAACCACUCUAUUUGCGGGAGGCGUCAUCUCUGGGAAGGUCAAUACCAACAACGUUGGGGGAUUGGUACUUUACGAUCUAAGCACUGCCUCAUAUGCCAGCAUUCAACCCGCUGGCCUUCAAGGCAGCGACGGCGCAGUGACCGCCAUUGCACCCCAGCCAGAUUCCAAGGACGUUUAUGUCGGCGGAAACUUCCUUUCGGCGGGAGCUUUGAGCUGCCCAUCUGUGUGUAUCUGGAAUACCGAACGUAGUCAGUGGGUGUCACCCGGCAAUGGCCUUUCAGGCAACGUCUCCUCCAUGACCUGGAUCUCCAACAACAACCUGCUUAUCGCCGGAAACCUUACCGUUAAUGGGAAUACCACGACCUUGGUAACGUUCAAUGCUCAGAAGCAUGAAUUUACCGAGUUCACUGGCGCUAGUACGGUUCCUGGUCCCGUCACUGCGUUCUGCCCUGCCAACAAUGACGGCUCGCAAUUCUGGGUUGCUGGAACCGCUAGCAAUGACACGGCUUUCCUAGAGAAGUUCGAUGGUGAGAAAUGGGUCCCCGCUGCUACUGGCCUCGGUGCAGGUACCGAUAUCCGCGGUAUUCAAGUCCUCUCUCUAUCAAAGGACCACGACAAAACCGAUCUCCUCGAGAACAACCAGGUUCUACUAGUCCUAGGACAGGUCAACGUCACCGGUUUCGGUAACGCAUCUGCGGUUCUAUUCAAUGGAACGGCCUUUACCCCCUUCAUCCUGUCGAACACGGGCACCAAUAGCCCAGGAAGCCUGUCCCAAGCCUUCGUAGAGAACCCUCAAAACUUCUUCCACUCUAAGAAAAAACAUCUGGCCCUUGGCUUCGUUGUCCUAAUCGGCUUAGCCAUUGCUCUCGCCAUCACCUUCCUGGUCGUCGUCCUCGGCAUUCUCGCCGAACGACUGCGCAAAAAGCAACAAGGCUACGUGCCGGCAAACCAACAGAUGUUCGACAAGAGCAGCAACCUCAACCGGGUUCCACCAGAACACUUGUUCGGCACGCUGCAUGGCAACGGCAAUGGGCGAGGUCCGCUCUGA